GGCCCUGGGACCCUGCAGCCUGAGGCCCGGCACGGGCCUGGGGCCGGGCAUGGGGUGUGGGGAACGGUGGGGAGGGGCUUCGAUCUCGCCCGAGCAGUGGGGUAUCAGAACAGCUUCCUCCACAGACAUGGCUUCACGGGCUGCUCACACAGCCACAGGGUCCGGCGGGGAUGGCGCCCACUGCAGCCUCAUAAUCCUCCUCCUCAGUGUCCGGGGGGUGCUACCUUCCAGGACCCAGGCUGCAGACACAGGGCUGGGUGUCAUGACCCCGUGGCGGAAACACACCUCCCAGGACCUGUCCUGGAAGCAGCCUGAGCUGACUGUCACCCUCCCCAGAGCCUGCCAGGGCACCGAGAGGAGGGCCUGCCCCCCAGGGCGGAAGGCUUGCAUGGUGGAUGAAAACCUGGUCUUCCACGAGGAGUGGGAGCUGGGGGCCUGUGUGGACGAGGGCCUGCUUGACGCUCGAAUGGAGCAGGUGGACCUGGUGCCCUUCACCUACCAGCAGCUUGACGUCUUCAAGCGCACGUUGGACAAGGUCAUCCACAAGUGGAAUGUGACAUCUCUGAAGACCGUAAAAUCUCCGCUUAAAGUCAGCAAAGGGCACAAAAUGGAUGCUCAGGUGGCCGCCCUGACUGCCUGCUAUCUGAUGAGAGGAGGCCGGCUGGACAAGGCCCCUCUGGACACGCUGGCCACUUUCCAGUCCCCCUGCCUGUGCUUCCUCAGUCCCGAGCGGCUGGGCUCUGUGCAAGGCCACGCUAUCUGGGCAGCCAGGCCCCAGGACCUGGACACACGUGGCCCGCAGCAGAUGGAAGUACUCUAUUGCAAGGCCCACAUUGCCUUCCAGAACAUGAGCGGGUCCGAAUACUUUGUGAAGAUCGCGCCCUACCUGCGUGGGGCCCUCACGGAGGACCUGAAGGCACUCAGUAGGCAGAACAUAAACAUGGACGUGGCUACGUUCCGGACGCUGCGGACAGAGGCCAUGCUGUUGCUGACAAUCGCCAAGGUGCGAAAGCUUCUGGGUCUAAACCUGCCUGGCCUGAAGGCCGAGGAGGGGAAUGGCCCCACGCGGGACUGGAUUUUCCGUCAGUCUCAAGACGACCUGGACCGGCUGGGGCUGGGGCUCUGCGGUGGCAUCCCCAACGGCUACCUGGUCCUGGACCUCCACUCCCCAGAGGCCCUGUCUGGGGGCCACCACCUCCUGGGACCUGGACGCGUGCUCACUGCGGUCCCGACCCUGCUCCUGGCCUUGGUCCUGAACUGAGCUCACUGCUCCAGAGGCCCCGGGACCCAGGCCCUGCUGCAGAGACCCUGCCAGGCUGGGAGCAGCCCCGGGUGGUCUCUGUCCAACGUCAAGGGGACUGGAGCUCAAUAAAAGAGGACAUGU